AUGUGCAAAGAGUGGGGGAACAGUCCAACCGACGACACGUAUUGCUAUUUCCUAUAUUAUUGGAUAGGUGGUAAUGUAAUGAACAUGAAAAAGACCAGACCUGAUUUUAGAACGAUCAUGAAUAUAAUUUAUAAUGAACUGAAGACGAUAAGGGGGUCUAUGUGUAAGUGUAGUACUGUACACUAUGAUAUUUAUGAAGACGACUUCAAGUAUAGUAAGGAGCUAUUUGAUUAUUCCUAUAAUUAUGAUAAUAUGGGAAAAAUGUCAAAUGGCUCGAGCAGACUUUGUGAGGGAAAAUAUAGAGAUUAUCUGAAAAAAAUUACUGAAGCAUAUAGGGUGAUACAGGAGGUCUGUGAAGAAGGUGAUGAUCCAGAAUGUAAGAAAAUUGAAAGGAAGUAUAAGCCUUAUUUUAAUGGCAAGGUGCUAAACUUCGAAU